AUUGUAUUUUGAAAACAGCAUUCCUUCAUUUCCGAUUUGCAGCCAUUACUCCAGUUGGCUUGACGUCGCCAUGGUUCAGAGGAGGGUGAGUUGAGGGAAAGACGGAGCCACCCUGUCAAUCAUAAUUAAGGAACCAUGGGAGUAAACUGGUAGGGAAGCUCGGUGGAACCACUGUGUUUACGGUGAAGAUUGUUCUAGAUUGCGCAGAAACGACAACUAUGCACCGGUACACUGUGGGACGUUUACGCCUGGUUUCGCCAACUGGGAAUCACUCUACUUUGGUGGGAAUUUAGCAUGGAGCGCUGCAUAUAACAACAAAAAACUUAGCGACUUUGAGUUGCCUUGCGCCUGUUUUUGUCCCUUCGGCGUUCCAGUGUGAACAAAAAUACACAAGUCAUCGUUGAUAUUUGUACAAAAGGCGGUGCCGCGGAGGUUUAUAUGAACUCCAAGCCCAGGAUAUACCCGUGUGUUUGACUACAACUCGGGGAAAAUCUGGUGUGUGCAUUUCAGAGAACUGCCUUGUCGAUACAAAAAGAAGACACUCCCAAAAGCAAACGAAGCCAAACAGAAAUCAGCGCUCAAACUCCAGGGAGGGCAAGAAAGGAGCAGAUAUGAGUGGGGGAGAUGUGGUGUGCUCAGGGUGGCUGAGAAAGUCUCCUCCGGAAAAAAAGUUGAGACGUUACGCAUGGAAGAAGCGGUGGUUUGUUCUUCGCAGUGGCCGUCUGACAGGCGACCCAGACGUGUUGGAGUACUACAAGAAUGACCAUGCCAAGAAGCCCAUUCGCGUGAUUGAUCUCAACUUGUGUGAGCAGGUGGACGCUGGGCUGACGUUCAACAAGAAGGACUUGGAGCACAGCUUCAUUUUCGACAUUAAGACCAUUGACCGCGUCUUCUACCUGGUGGCUGACACUGAAGAGGAGAUGAAUAAGUGGGUUCGCUGCAUCUGUGACAUCUGUGGUUUCAACCCCACUGAUGACGAAGCCGCAAAAGCUGCUCACCAGUCAGUCAUCGGGGGCCUGGUGGUGGAUACCCCUCCUCACCCAGCGCUGGGUAAUAUCGUUGGUCCAGCAGCAAUGCUGACAAAUGUGCCUCCUCCGUAUCAACCAGUCAGCGUGCGAGCCCUGGACUCUCAGUCCAGCACAGAGGAGCCUCAGGAUUACCUGUGGCUGGUCAACUGUGAGAGCAAAAAGCCUGAACCCAACAGAGCCCAUGCUGAGUGUUCCAAGUCUACCUCCUCAGAGACAGACCUGAAUGACAACCUCCCCUCUCACCGCACGCCCACCUCCUCCACCUCCUCUGCCAAACCCACCUCGCACAAUGGCUUCUUCCCGCAGCACCCGGCCCCAGCCUCCGCCUCUUCCAUCUACGACUCGCCUCCAUCACGCGGUGCCUCGCUUUCUACUGACAGUGGCCUUUACCACCUCCCCCGCAGCUACUCCCAGGACACUGUGCUGCUCCCAAAGUCGGCCUCCUCCCCUCCGGCCCAUCAGGACAGCGGGGAAGGCUCCGAGCUCUACGUCUUCAAUACGCCCUCACGGAAGCCCUCGAUAGAGAAACAGAUGCGCAACCUUUCCAUCAGUUAUGAUAUCCCACCUACGCCUGGUGCAAACUGUACCUACCAGGUGCCCCGCACUCUGUCUGCUUCAGGUGUAGGCUCAGAGGGAGGGGGAGAUGUAGUACCCCCUCCAAGACCACCCAAGCCUUCGCUCAGUUCAACCUCAGGACCCCCUCCUCCCCCUGCUGAGCGCUCACCUACAGACACUUAUUUUGUGCCCCGCUCAGCUUCAGAGACAGACGGGAACUACUGUGUGCCUACUAGUGCUGGGAAUAAGGCUUUACGCAGCAACACUAUUGGCACUGUGGACUGUUCACGCCUCCGCAAAGAUUUUGGAUCCCAGGACUGCUACGACAUUCCCAGAUCGUUCCCUUCUGACAAAAGCUGCUCAUUUGACUUCAAUGAAAGUUUCAACAGUUACUUUAAAAACAAAGGAAUAAUGCCAUUGGGAAGCCAGUCCACAGAAGAGGUCGACCAGAACUACGUACCCAUGAGCGCAAACUCUCCGUCACACCAUCACUCGGGGAGUUUGACAGAGCCGAUGCACGAACCGAACUAUGUGCCCAUGACCCCAGGCACCAUGGAGUUCUCCUCCCUGGGAAAGCAGGUCCCCCCUCCUGCUCACAUGGGCUUCCGCUCCAGUCCCAAGACCCCACCUCGCAGGCCAAUGCUCAGCGACUGCCAGCCCCCUCCCGUGGAUCGAAACCUUAAACCUGAUCGCAAAGGUCAGAGUCCUAAAAUAAUAAGAGCAAAAGGUGUCGGUUUAGAGCGAACCGACUCUCAAACCGUAGGUGAAUUCCCGAGGGGACGACGCAAGGCAAAACCUGCUCCACUGGAGAUCAAACCACUGCCUGAAUGGGAGGAGCCCUGUACGCCGAUCCGCUCACCUGUCACACGGUCAUUUGCUCGCGAAAUAACAUACAGUUGUUGGUCCUCUAACUCCUCUCUCUCUAGGUUUCCAAUGCCAUCGAGACCCCUGUCAGAGCAUAGUACGGCCUCCAGCACUGACUCCGAAGACUCUGAUGAGAAUUAUGUAGCCAUGGUCUCUAAUAUGUCCGCAGAUGAACCAAACAUGAAGCUUUCUGCGCCCAUGACAGCGGAUGGUGGAAGCAGCCCGAUGAUAAAGCCGAAGGGUGACAAGCAGGUGGAGUACCUGGAUUUGGAUCUUGACUCUGGGAAGUCUACCCCACCUCGGAAGAUGAAAAGCAAUGGAACUGGCAUGGCAGCAUCAGAUGAGCGUGUUGACUACGUGGUUGUGGACCAGCAACGAACACAAGCCCUUAAGAGCACCCGGGAGGCCUGGAACGAUGGCCGCCAAUCUACAGAGACAGACACCCCUUCCAAAGGACCUAAGUGACCCUGUCGUCCCAAACACCAGCCCAGCCACCAACCCCCCAAAUCACUUGGUCUUUCACACUAGUGUAGGCUAUGGUUUGUGCUUUGGGACGGUCCAACUGCCACGUUCCACCUCAGCAAGAUCCUUAGUGUUUAGGGGCCAGUGGUGCUUCAUAGCCACUCAACUGUGUUUAGUUUACACUGCUGUCAGGCCUAGGACAGCACGGUGUGUACAGUUGGAGGAAAGGGGUGUGAGCCAGAAAUAAGCUGAUUGCAGUAUGAAUGCAGGUGGAAUGACUGGACAUGUCGACGGGGUUUGAGUUAAGCGGACUCAAACUAUGAACAUUCACUGCCUCCUUUUUUGGAUUACAGUUUUUUAGUUCUGUUGUUCACCUUUCAAGGGCCGGUGGGCUGAUCCAAACUUAACAUUUCCUUAAAUUAUAAUGCUGUUUAAUGUUGUUUUGGAGUGGAAGUGAAAUCACUUGAUAACAUGAUCAGAAUACUUUAUCAAUGCAACACAUUAGCAGUUGGCAAAGCUGAUUAAUUGUGGAGAUUUUCAAGUUUCCCCUGUUUGAACAGGGACAAGUUUCCAUGGGCACUGUUCACAGAUCAGUUUUACCAUUUUUUUCACAGUCAUUGUCGAAUGCUGAAACUGACCUCAAUCUGUGUCUAAGAUGAACUUCAAACCAGUACAACACACUUUUAUAACUUUUUGCUUAUAAUGCAAAGGCAGUUGAACUUGUUAAUUUCACAGAUAACCAAGUGCUCGAUUUAAGCUUUGGAUUCACUCAAGGUUUAAUCCACUGAACAUGAUUUAAUUUCCAUUUACUUAGUACGUGGAGAUGCUUCAAUCUGUUAUUAUGGAAGUGCAAAGACUGUACAAAAGUGUUAUGUAUAUAAACAGGAAAAGUGUCCUUUAUUUGUAUGGAAUAUCCAGCGUGUUCGACUCGAAGGUAUGUGGAUUCUGCAGGGUAGAAUCCUGUGCCUGUCUGUGGUGGUAUCAGUACUUGUGAUUAAUGAAUGAAUUACUGUGAGUUUUUAAAAGAACGUGACAGGUUUUCUAUAAGUUAUGCAAAGGUAUCAAACGUAGGCUAGAGAGAAUAAAAUCAGGUACUCUUUAUAAAUGCAAACUAAACAACUAUCCAUUUCUAUUUUUUCUUAAGUUAUUUCAUUUGGUGGAUGUCCAGUCCACUCAUAGCUCAGUAUUCUGUAUUCACAUGGAGGAACAUUUUCUAAACUCAAAAGCUUAGUCUGACAAGAGCCGGUCAAUUAGUUUAAUAAGUUCAUUGGUAGUCCUCAUCUCUCUCUUCUCUUAGGUUUAAUUUAUUUCAAAUUGAACUGGCAUACAGUUUUGGGAAAUUGACUGCCUCACUUAGUCAACUUGAUGCAUCUUUCAGAGAAAAUGGCCUUAUGUCUGCAUAGAUCUCUGCUCCAAUAACCUGUAAACUGUCACUGAGAAUUCCCAAGCAUGUGCUACCACAAACUAAAAUCAUUGCUGUACAUAUAUUGCCAUCAAUUAGAUGAACAUGUAUCAUUUGAAAAAUGUGCCUAAUAAGUCAUCUUCAUUCUACUUCACUCUCUCCUUGCAUUCUCUUUGUGAUAUGGUCUGCAAAGCUGAUGAUGCUUUAUCUUUUUUAAUGAAUCUCAACAGAAAAUGUAAAUUUUAAAAGUGGACUAAAUAAAAUCCAACCUCUAA